AUGAAGCAAACCUUUAAUCAUUUAAAUCCUGUUUUUGCACUUCUGGGCUCAAAUUCAACAUAAAUUAGCCCUAUGUCUACAACUGAUUUGAAUGACUCUAUUGAAUACUAUAUAGACUAAAAAGAAUAUUAAACUGAAGUAGAGAUCGUUCGAUAUCUACAUAAUUUGGGAGUACAAACUAAAACAGAUCCUUUAAUAAAAGAAUAGCUGUAUUGGAAAGAAAAGAAAUUAAGAAGUUAAAAUAUUAUUUUAGAUACUCUUGGAAAUACUGCUGACAAAUUAGUGUUAAAUCCUUCUGUUAAUAGAUUGUUAAGAAAGAAUGUAACUCAAAAGAGACUUAGAUCAAAUAGUCCCCUCUUACUGUUGGAUUGA